AUGCCAAGAAAACGUAGAUCUCACGUGGAGAGGAGGGACGAUGCAGACGACGAUGACUUUCUGUUUGACGACUCACAGUCUAGUUCUGGUAGGAGUGGACACGAGCCUCAACAUAGAAACGCUGCUAAUGCCCGUGAACGAGCCCGUAUGAGGGUACUGUCAAAAGCUUUUUGCAGGUUGAAAACCACUCUGCCAUGGGUGCCGGCGGAUACGAAAUUGUCAAAACUUGACACUCUGCGGCUGGCUGCGUCUUACAUCGCCCAUCUAAGAGCACUGCUACAUGAACCGCGUUCCGCUCAUACACCUCCGCAUCCAUUAAACCUUGCUUGGCCGUUCGCUUUCCAACACGGUGGUUCUCUGAGUUGUACAAUUUCGCAGCGAUGGAGUCUCAACCAGCAAAAUUCCGAUUCAUCGAGACACCAAGCACCGCAACGGGAGAUCCAAAAUAAUUGCAACGAAUCAUACGCACAGGACUAUUCCGAAAACGAUUACGACGAUAGAAACUACGAAGAGACGAACGAACAGUGCAAUCCUGGGCAAUAUACCAACUAUGGUUACAAAGAAAAUUAUUAUGAAAUGAGAAAUAUGUAUUCAUCCGACGGGUUGAUGAAUGUUUGA